UUGAUUGGUUACAAAAUGGAUAAAUUUUUUGGAACCUGCGAGCUCUUCCGAUUUUUUCACUUCCCGAUAAAAUUAUCCGGAGGUUAAUCUCAAGUUUUAGCCAAUCACGUGCAUGGAUCUGGUAGUUUAUCUCCUGUUUAAUCGCAACAUAACUGGAUGUGAGGAAAUCGGGCAUUAGUAGGCGUUUAUAAUUUCGCGCGUUUUUACGUCUUUUCACUACGCAUGCUCAGUCAGUCUACGCUGCUCGCGUAUGACAGGUUCUCUAACCUGUCAAGUCGCUAACUGUAACGAUUAAUUUCUCGCCUCGCGGGGCAGAGCGACACUUUUUUUUCUGCCGGAUUCUUUCGUUGCGCGUAAAAACGCGUCGAUUGAGACCAGUUUCGUUGACUUUUGAGGUACUGUAGCUAAACUGAAGAAAUACCAUAUUCUCUAACGUUGUUAACAAUUUUGGUUACCAAGAAAUGGGGGAUACAAUGUUCGAGCGGUAACGAGGAACGCAAAUAGAAAUUAUAACGAAAUUAUACAGAUCAAUCGAGCUCCAGCCAGAAUGGCAGCCAUCCGGCACACCUUGCAGAGGGAAGUGUUCAACCUGAGCGACGAGAAGCUGCUCAGCGUGUGCUACGUCAGCAAAGCUUACAAGAAGAAGAAGAUGAGCUUUUUGUGCCUGGCCACGACGACGGACACGCCGGGCUCUCUCAUAUUGUACCAAGUGAAGAAGAACGACAAGAAUGUUUAUAAGAAGAAACAGUCGUGGCCUCUGAGCGACAUACAGGUCGUAGACGGUGUGAAAAACGACUCCAUGGACAUCGAGAUGCAUAUUGACAAGGUUUACAAGUGGUCGUCCACUACGGCGCAGGAGAGGCGGACGUUUAUCAGUAAUUUGUACACUUAUUCGUGUAGCCUGACUCAGAGGCCGGAAUUCAAGAAUAUUCCCAAGGAGUGGCUGAUCGAUCCAACUGCGUUGAAGGAGAGUGACAGCAUCACAUUUACGCCUGAUCUUUUGGCGUCACCUAUUAGUUCGGAUUACCAGCCUAUCACUGAAAAAGAAGCUGCGGACUUGAAACAAAUGAUGGAAAAUUGCGAAUACGCCGUUUCCAACGCCGAGCUCUUUAUGGAAACUCUUUCAAAAGAUUUAUCUAUUCUUGAUGGGGAAAAUGUACAUUCGGUCUUGGCGUCAGAGCAGAGAGUAACGCAGCUGAUGAACAGCAUAGACGCGGCAAUAAUCGAAGCUUCUAUCGUAGAAGCGCGAUUGGCGGCGUACGAUGAAGCAUUGGGAAGAAUAAGAGAAGUUAUGGCUCGAGUCGGGCAGAAAAAUCAGGCUAUACAUACGGCGAAUAAUAACGCGAGACUCUUGUUGGAUAAGCUAAAUUUAGUGAUUUCGCAAUUAGACAUUUCUGCAACGCACCAACGUACCUUGAACGAAGCCGAGCUGCCAGGCGAGAGAGAAGAGCUUGGCCUUGCUGGCGCGGCGCUCUUAAAAGCUAUCACAGCACCUCUGCCACCGGGCCUGGAUAAGCUGAGCGCUGUUACCGAACAGAAGAGGCGGUUGGACAAACUCAAAGCGAAGUUCUCGGUCAUCGUUGCUAGACAUUUGAACAAUCUUUUUAUACACUUGGGAAACGAUAUUGGAGACACAUCGACCUCCAUGACAGAUCUAAUAUUACCAACUCAUCAAGGAGUUCAUAACGAGCUUGUACCGUAUACCGAAUUAAUGCAGCUGCUAAGAGCAUUGGACAAUAAAGCCUUUGUACAGUUGACUAAAGUAUAUACUGAUACCAUGAGCAAAUUGUACAAGAGAGAUCUGAAACGCUUCUUCGAGGAGGCUAAGAAUAAGCUCGUCAGCAAACGUUUGCAAGCAAAUACAUCCAAGUCUAGCGGUCAGAAGGGCGAAGAUUUGCUUAAUCCGGCGCCCAUCUGCUUGCUGAGUGGCGAGAUGUGGACCCCGAUGGACGAAGGGAAUCUUUUAGACUCUGUACUUGAUUGUGUGCUUUCGCAGAUGCAACCGGUGUGUCUCGCCGAGCAAGGCUUCUGUGUCUCAUUUCUCCAAUUGGACUCUGUUCUCUCGCCUUCCAAAAGCAGCGAGAUGGAAGAAGUGGAGAACGUAAGUAACGGCGCGGCGAGUCCUGGGUCGGUGACUUCGACGACGAGCAAAAGACUGGAACGUCAGGUGAACGAAGACGUGCGCGCGACUAUGGCGGCGAUAUUUCCGUCGUUGGAAACCGAGUUGAACAACUUUAUCGGUUUCCUGGAUAAGAUUGACAGCUUUUGGUGUAUGUACGUAUUAGUGCGUCUAUCACAGCACGUCAUGUCCGCUCAAGAUACCGGCUCGUUUCUAUCGAUGACAUUCGCGUCCGCUCUGAUCCACGUGAAACGUGCGUUCGACAAAUUCAUGCAAGCGCAGCUACAGUCCAUAUUAUGCGACACGAAAGUCAAUCGUCGGCACAAAUGCGGUAUAUUGCCGUACAUAGAGAACUUCGGGCCAUUUGCGAGAACCGCGGAGAAGAUUUUCCGCAAUUCCGACAGGAAGGUCGACCUCGAGAAGUGGUACACAAAGCUCGUGAGCACUAUGUUCGAAGCCAUUGUUAUUCACAGUCGAGAACACCACAAGACACCACAGGAAGUAAUAAAAAUGGAGAAUUUUCAUCAUCUCUACGAUCUGCUCUCGCAACUAAAAAUCUCGGUUUUGGAUCACGAGCGGAAGGAAGCCAAGCAAAAGUACCAGGACGCGCUUCGCGCUUAUGUUACGCAGUACUUUGGACGGCCUCUUGAGAAACUUAAUCUCUUCUUCGAGGGCGUGCAAGCCAAGGUAGGGGCCGGCGUAAAAGAAUCUGAAGUCAGUUACCAGAUGGCCUUCAGUAAGCAAGAGUUGCGACGCGUAGUGAAGGAAUAUCCGGCGAGAGAAGUUAAGAAAGGUCUGGAGAAUUUGUAUCGAAAGGUUGAGAAGCAUUUGUGCGAAGAGGAGAAUUUGUUACAAGUUGUUUGGCGCGAGAUGCAAAAUGAAUUUAUUGCGCAAUAUAGAAACAUCGAAGAACUAAUACAUCGCUGCUAUCCGGACAGCAACGUGACACUCGAGUUUGCUAUACAGGACAUUUUAGAAUUUUUCUCGGAAAUAGCGCGAUCUCAUUGAAUUAAAAUAGAAGUUUCUUUUCAUUGUUAUUUAAUUCGACUUGGCUAUUAAUACGAUUAUUAUAACAGGCUUAUACAAAGAAUUAUAGAUAAUUUAGUGGUUCGUUUUUGCGUGAUAUACAAUAUAUAUGCGUAUGUAUAUCUUAGAUAUAGCAAUCUUUUAUCGUGAAAAAUUGUGUAGCGCUCAAAGAUAAUAAAAAAUUUAUUUUAAUAUUACAGAGCGAGAGUCAAGUGGUAAAAGCUUAAUUUAUAUAUUAUUUAUAUUUAAAUAUAUGCUUUUCAAUUUUUACGAGAUCGUUGAUUGCUUCAAUCGCUUUUAGGUAACACAGGUUGCCUAUCUUGCACAGACUUCUUAAGAUAAACAUAUUCAUAAAUAUGAACUAUUUAUUGAGGAUAGUACAAGUUAUUGCGUGUUGUACUCGCACAAUAAAGUAAUAACAUUGUCAA